AAGAUGGCGGCGGAGAGGAUGUUCAACCGGCCGGUGUGUGUGCAAGUGAGGUGCCAGGGCUGUGAGGAGAGGAGAUUAAAUGUUCGAGUGAAUAUUGAGCUACUGUCCAUUUCUAGUCCUGUUCAUAAAAAGGAUUUAGCUGUUCGAUUGACUGAUGAUACUGAUCCUUUUUUCCUUUACAACCUUGUCAUAUCUGAGGAAGAUUUUCAAAGUUUAAAAUCCCAGCAAGGUCUCUUGGUAGACUUCUCUGCUUUCCCACAAAAAUUUAUAGAUCUGCUUCAGCAAUGCAUUCAGGAACAGAACAAAGAUAUCCCAAGGUUUUUGCUGCAGUUAGUUUCUUCAGCAUCUGUUCUAGAUCACACACCUGUCUCUUUAAAUGUAGUGGAGACCAACCCUUUUAAGCAUCUUACCCAUCUCUCUCUAAAAUUCCUACCAGGAAAUGAUGCAGAAAUAAAGAAGUUUUUAGCCAGCUGUUUGAAAUGCCUUAAGGAAGACAAAAUGAUAUUGGAAGAAAAGCUUCAAAAAACUGAAGAGGAUCUUACCAGACAACUGAGCUACACUCAACAGAGCUUGUCAGAGAAGAGCCGAGAACUAGACAAACUGAAAAAUGAAUGGACAUCAUACACUACAGCUCUAACGAACAAACACACACAGGAUCUGACAAAUGAAAAGGAAAGAGCUCUCCAGGCACAAGCUCAGUACCAACAACAGCAUGAACAACAGAAAAAGGAACUAGAAAACUUGCAUCAGAAAAGUAUUCAACAGUUGCAGAACAGACUCUCAGAACUCGAGGUCGUCAAUAAAGAUCUAACAGAAAGGAGAUACAAAGGAGACUCUACAGUCAGAGAACUGAAAGCAAAGCUUUCUGGAAUAGAAGAUGAAUGUCAAAGAGCAAAGCAGGAGGUGCUGUCACUGCGUCGGGAGAACACUACUCUGGAUGCUGAAUGUCAUGAAAAAGAGAAACUCAUUAAUCAGCUACAGACCCGGGUUGCUGUUCUGGAACAAGAGAUCAAAGAUAAAGAUCAGCUAGUUAUUAGAACAAAAGAAGUAUUAGAUGCGACGCAAGAACAAAAGGUGAUACUGGAAGAGAGUACAGAGAAAAAACAAAGUCAUAUUGAAAAACUAGAGACAACAAUUAAGUCCCUGUCAGCUGAACUUCUUAAGGCCAAUGAAAUUAUCAAGAAGCUACAAGGAGAUUUGAAAACUCUAAUGAGUAAAUUAAAAUUGAAAAAUACAGUAACAAUUCAACAGGAAAAACUAUUGGCAGAAAAAGAAGAGAGACUUCAAAAAGAGCAGAGAGAAUUGCAGGAGGCGAGACAAUCUCUUCGAAUGAAAGAGCAGGAGGUUUGCAAGCUACAAGAACAGCUAGAAACUACAAUACAAAAACUAGAAGAAAGUAAGCAGUUGCUGAAAACCAAUGAAAAUGUAAUCACAUGGUUAAACAAACAGCUGAAUGACAUUCAGACGACGAAGAAGCUGGAGUCUUCUGCCGGUGCACACAGUGGUGUUAGGACUGCCAUUUCACCUCAUGGCAUGCCUGACCGACCAUCCUUUCCCAGCUCAGGAAUCAAUCAUCCCAUUUCUCCUCUGUAUGCCUUCCAGAACUUUCCAGAACCAGCACACAACAAUAAUGUCAACUCACAAUAUCCAGUACCAAAGAUUCAGUUUAACACACAGCUUUCUAAGGUGAAUCGAUGUUCAGAUGUUCAGACAGUGACUCCUGCAAGUAGUCAUCCAGCAAAUAAGGAGAAUGGUGGUAAUUUGGCGCUGGACUCCAAGUAUUUCAAGAAAAAAGAUGACAGCAUUCCUUUACGUGGGCUUAGUCAAAAUACACUUAACUCAGAGCACCUGAAAGCGUAUUUACCAGCAAAAGCCCAGCCGUCACCAAAAGCCGCAGUAACACCAGCCUCGGCUUAUUUUCCUGGAUAG